GUUUGCAAAAACAUUAACAAUACACAUGUCCUGAUUCAGGCAUUGAAUUUCUGUUAUUUUCGGAGUUUUAUUGACGAGUAUUUAUUGUCUGUGAUACAAAGUAAUGUCGUCUGCAUUACCGGGUGUAAAUCUAGGGACUUUGACGUCCAGUAAUGUCCCAAGUUUACAAGAGUUUGUGCUUCAAGGGAGCGUGGUGGACUCGGCUUGCGAGGCCGUCCUACACCGCUUGCGCGCCCUUUGUGAUAACGCCGACAGACCGCCGGAGCUGUUUCGAGACCACGAGAUGGUCUAUCUACUCAGAAUUUCGAGUGGUCCGGGGAACCCAAUGGUUCUCAGAGCAAGACAUUCUUUAGAGCAUCCGAACAUGCCAUGGCAGUUACGUUAUGUCGGCCAAUCAGACAUCAGUGAUAAAAGUAGACUUGUAACAGUUCGGAGUUUCUUGGACUGUGCUACAUCAGACCAUCUCCCAAACUUUGUAACCGAUAUUGGUUUCAGGCUGGAUCACGAGUUCGUAGCUGAGGGUCACAUGUUUAGAAAGGGCAAGAUGAAAGUCACUAUCACAAAAAUAUAUAAGAUCUUAAACCCCGGUAAUCUGGAUGCCCUUGAGCCACUUACCGUAUCCAGGCUCGUUGAGCUGAGCAUUAUAGCGCCCUCUGGAACCGAAGGCAUCGGGGAAGACAUGAGGUUAUUUGCAGAACAGCUCAAGCCACUUGUGACUAUGGAAAAGUUAUAACGCUUGGAUGCGACGUGAUGGCGCUUCAGCUAAGUGGUAAGUGGCUGUUGUAAUCGUUGAAGUUUCUGUAGAGGAUUGCGGAACAUUUUGUGGAGAUGCAAAGGAGAAGAGUGACAGGCUGGGGGUCGUGAUUUUUAGCGGAUUUAUUUGUAUGCAAGUCGCCAGACACACUAUGCCGGAAGGCCACUUCAAAGUGGGGGCUACAAUCAACUAUUUUUGCAGGGGCCGUUGCCACCUACUCCUGGGGCUGAAACUACUGAGGGUUACCUCCUAUACAGUCCAUACAGAUGUAGGCUUAGUUAUCAUCAAUCUGAAGCCUGGCUGGUAGAGCAGAAAGCACUACCUCCCAGUUUGUACGAAGCAAUCACAGUUAAGUGUAUUGUCUAAGGACACAAGUGACAUGACCAGGACUCGAACCCACACUGCUGAUCAAACACCAGAGCUUGAAUCUGGUGCUCUUAACUGCUAGGCCAUGUCGCGCCAUGCAAUGAUGAUGCAUUAUGCUAUUCUGCAGAUUGACAUGUGGUGAUUGCAUCUACAUGUACACUGUGCAUAGUCAACCCUCCUAUUGUCUGACCAUUCAAUAUCAUCCACUG